AGGGCCAGCGCUGCCUCUUGCCGAGUGCUCGGUCCCCUCUAGCCUCGUCCCCAGAGAGGGAGAGGCCGGGGCCCUGCCAGCUGCCCGUGCCCCACCAUGCCUCUGCUGGAUGUUUUCUGGGCUUGCUUCAGGAAGGUGAAGUGCUUCCCGUUGCUACAAGUGAGGAAGAAUGCAGAAGCCGAGGCCAAAAAAGCAUGCGAAUGGCUUCGCGCCACAGGAUUUCCUCAGUAUGCUCAGCUUUUUGAAGAAGGUUCGUUUCCUCUGGAUAUUGGCUCUGUGAAGAAGGACCACGGUUUUCUGGACGAGGACUCUUUGGGGGCCCUGUGCAGGAGGCUGAUGACCUUGAAUAAUUGUGCUUCGAUGAAACUGGAGGUUCACUUUCAAUGCAAGCAGAAUGAAGACUCCGAAGAGGAGGAGCAGUGUACCAUCAGCAACCACUGGGCCUUCCAGCGGGAGAGCAAGCGCUGGUCUCGCGUGGGCUCCUCGGACCUGCUGGCCCCACCCAGCCCUAGCCUGCCGGUGACCUCCAGCUGUGAGAGUGUCCUCACUGAGUGUAGUGCCACCUCCCUGCCGGUCAUCACCGUGAGCCUGCCGCCGGAGCCAACUGACCUGCCCUCGCUGGGCCGUACCCCUAGCCCCAGUGAGCAGCCUCUCCUGAGCCUCAGCUGCAGCCAGGAGGGUUCCCAGGAUAAAGUCAAGAAGCACCGUUCCCGGAGCUUCCUCAAGCACCUUGAGUCUCUGAGGCGGAAGGAAAAGGGCAGCAGCCGGCCAGCGGAGCCUGAGCACAGCCCAGCCGCCUCCGAGAAGGCCUCCAAAGCCUCCUCUUCCCGUAGCUGCCGUGGCUUUCUCUCAGCUGGAUUUUACAGGGCCAAGAACCGAGCCGCUGCCUCAGCUGGUGGCAGUGGUUCCGAGACGUGCAGGGCCUGGGAGGCCUGGCCCGUGGCCACGUUGCGGCAUCCUCAGCGGCGACACCAGGGGGACUGCCGGGUGCACGUACCUAGGGACCACAAACCAGGAACAUUCCCUCGUUCCCUGUCCAUUGAAAGCCUGUGUCCGGAGGAUGGGCACCCCCUGGCAGAUUGGCAGCCAGGCAGGUGCUGGGGUUAUGAAGGGCGCCGGGGCUCUUGCGGCUCGACGGGUAGCCAUGCCAGCAUCUAUGACAACUUGCCCGAGCUGUAUCCGGCCGAGCCUGUGCCAGCUGCGGCUGCGGCUGAGGAUGAAGAAGCUGAGGGCAGCUAUGCCCACCUAGACGACAUCCUUCAGCACGUGUGGGGACUGCAGCAACGGGUGGAGCUCUGGUCUCAGGCCAUGUACCCAGACCUGGGGCGUGCAGAUAAGGAAGAGGAAGACGAUGAGGACGGCGAGGAGGAGGAAGCCGCUUCAUCCGUGGAAAUGGCCACUGCUGAGAUGGAAGGCCAGGCCCAGGACGGGUCCUCAGCCUGGAUCCAGGCCCAAGUUCAGCCGGUAGUGCCAGUUCAGAGCCAGGCCCCAGCUGAGGCUGAGCCAUCGGCACAGGGAGAGGUCGAGGCGCCGGCCCCGGCCCCUGCCUCUGCCCUGGCCACAGCCCAGGACAAUGAGCAAGAAGCAAAUUCAGGUGGGGAAGCCAUCUCUGCCUCCAGCCUCUCUGUGGAAGAAGGACAUUCCACCUCUGACACUGUGGCCUCCUCCAGUGAACUGGACAGUAGCGGCAACUCCAUGAAUGAGGCUGAGGCUGCAGGGUCGCUGGCUGGGCUCCAGGCAUCUGUGCCUCGGGAACGGCGUGAUUCAGGCGUCGGGGCCUCGCUUACCAGACCCUGCAGGAAGCUCCGAUGGCACAGCUUCCAGAACUCCCACCGGCCCAGCCUCAACUCAGAGUCUCUGGAGAUCAACCGGCAAUUCGCAGGUCAGAUCAACCUCCUGCACAAGGGCUCGCUGCUGCGGCUCACUGCCUUCAUGGAGAAGUACACCGUGCCCCACAAACAGGGCUGGGUCUGGUCAGUCCCAAAGUUCAUGAAAAGGAACAAGACCCCGGACUACCGGGGACAGCAUGUAUUUGGGGUGCCACCCCUCAUCCAUGUGCAGCGCACAGGCCAGCCACUGCCACAGAGCAUUCAGCAAGCCAUGCGCUACCUGCGCAGCCAGUGCCUGGACCAGGUGGGCAUCUUCCGCAAGUCUGGGGUCAAGUCCAGGAUCCAGAACCUGCGCCAAAUGAACGAGACUUCCCCUGACAAUGUGUGUUAUGAGGGCCAGUCAGCCUAUGACGUGGCUGACCUGCUGAAGCAGUAUUUCCGAGACCUGCCCGAGCCCAUCUUCACCAGCAAGCUCACCACCACUUUCCUGCACAUCUACCAGCUCCUACCCAAGGAUCAGUGGCUGGCAGCAGCGCAAGCCGCCACCUUGCUGCUCCCCGAUGAGAACCGAGAGGUGUUGCAGACCCUGCUGUACUUCCUAAGUGACAUUGCCUCUGCCGAAGAAAACCAGAUGACGGCUGGCAACCUGGCAGUGUGCCUGGCACCCUCCAUCUUCCACCUCAAUGUCUCCAAGAAGGAUAGCCCCUCACCCAGGAUCAAGAGCAAACGCAGCCUGGUUGGCCGGCCAGGCCCUAGGGACCUCAGUGACAACAUGGCUGCCACCCAGGGCCUAUCGCACAUGAUCAGUGACUGCAAGAAACUUUUCCAGGUGCCCCAAGACAUGGUGCUACAACUGUGCAGCUCCUACAACGCAGCUGAGCUCAGCCCUCCCGGCCCAGCCCUGGCAGAGCUGCGGCGGGCCCGAGCUGCUGGAGUGAGCCUGAGCCUCUACAUGGAGGAGAGCGUUCAGGAGCUGCUACGUGAUGCUGCUGAGCGCUUCAAGGGCUGGAUGAGUGUGCCAGGGCCCCAGCACACAGAGCUGGCCUGCAGGAAGGCACCAGACGGGCACCCGCUGCGUAUGUGGAAGGCAUCCACGGAGGUGGCGGCUCCUCCAGCCGUGGUGCUACAUCGUAUUCUGCGGGAGCGAGCCCUUUGGGAUGAGGACCUGCUGCGGGCCCAGGUGCUGGAAGCCCUGAUGCCGGGGGUGGAGCUGUACCACUAUGUCACUGACAGCAUGGCACCGCAUCCCUGCCGCGACUUCCUGGUGCUCCGGAUGUGGCGCUCGGACCUGCCUCGUGGGGGUUGCCUGCUUGUCUCCCAGUCCCUGGAUCCUGAACAACCCGUGCCGGAGUCAGGGGUGCGGGCCCUGAUGCUCACUUCCCAGUAUCUCAUGGAGCCUUGCGGCCUGGGCCGCUCUCGCCUCACUCACAUUUGCCGCGCUGACCUAAGGGGCCGUUCUCCUGACUGGUACAACAAAGUCUUUGGGCACUUAUGUGCCAUGGAAGUGGCAAAGAUUCGGGACUCCUUCCCUGCCCUGCAGGCAGCUGGCCCUGAGACAAAGCUGUGAGCUUUGGGCUGGUACCGCCCAGGUGCCCUGGCUCCAAGAGAGUAAGAAGGAAUAAGAGCAGGUGGCUCCCUCCUGCUCUCUGUCUCCCUUCCUUCCAACAGCUCCUCUGCAUGCACUAGGAAGGAAAGGAAAAUAGAUAUCCAGGCCCCAGCUACCUUUGUCCCAACGCCAUACACUACUCUCCUGAGGGAGGAGAGUCAUGUCAGCAGCAAGAAGACCACUGCUGCCUGCCACCUGCCCUGAGGCCACCUCAGCCUGAAGCCUCAGCAACUGCCCUCGCCCACCACCUGCAGGAGGAAGGAGAGAGAGAGAGAGCAGUGUCUGGCCGCUGCUCUCCCCCAGACUGAUAGGCCAAGCCAUCCUGUUUGGUGCUAGGGUCCUCUCGAAGUUGGACGGGAGGUUCUGGUCCUUGCUUUUGGGGCCAACAUUGACGCCGAACUGCUUUUCCAAAGAAAAUAGACUGGGGUAGAUGGGCAUAAGGCAAAGCACAGGGCAGCCCCGACCACCACGAUCCGUUUUAUUUGCGUAAAUACGAUGCCGAUUUUUAUGAGGCUGAUGUAGAGAGGGCACUGACCAACCCCUUGAUAGAUCACAUGACGAUUUGGGACAGCUUGGGACAUGAAGAAUGGGAAUCAUCCUUUCUCAAGUCUCAAGAGACCAAUGAACCAGUCUCCCCUGGCUUGAGCUCCACAUUCUGUCUGCCACUCCCUAGAGUCCCGGGUAGCCUUUGGCCACGCACCGUCACGUCUGGAGAGCAAGCAGCCUCCUUCCCACCAUACAGGACAGACGAAAGCUGAUAGUGGCGAGGAGACGCGUGUUUGUGACCUCGUCCCUCUGGCCUCUGGUAGUAAGCUAACAUAGCAGCCCCCUCCUUGAUCCGAGACUCAGCUGUGGGCCAGCCAGCUGGGGCUUGAUCCAAACCUGCUAUGUCACACCCCCUGCCACCACCUUUGUUCCUGUCGAAAUCCAACUGCUCUCCAAAGGACAACGGAUGCUUUAUUUUUCUUUUCUGUCAGAUGAACUGCACUGGGAUGGGUCCUAGCCCCCACUGUAUUUUCAAGCCUAUUUUAUUUGUACCUAUAAAUAUUGUACAGUGAGAAUAUGUGUAUUUGCAUGUGUAUAUAUAGAGAUAUAUACAUAUAUACACACAUACAUACGGAGAUGCAGUCUCGUGUGAGUGUAUUACAAUCUGUGGGUGUGAGCAAUCUAUGGGUCUGGAAGGCCCCAGGGAGCAUUGCACCUGCAAUGAGAUGAGAGAUGGUAGAGAGCAGGUUAGAGCAGGCUCCCCCGCAGAACAAUAAAGCAUUACUAGAGAUGCACUA